AAGAAGGGGCAAAGUCAAACUUACUGUGUGAUACUCACGUAACUGUUUUAGGAUAAAUGUAAAUCGAUCAGAACAGUUACGAAUGAGUAAUACAGAAAUAUUAAUGAAUAUCAGUAAGGGAAAACCUGUAGCUACUCAGACCAUACAGUUGUACGAGCUCGCCCGAACAUUAUCAGUGUGCGUAUUGAGGAAAGUAAAUUGUGGGAUUAUUGAUUGUUUAUAUGUAUAAGAACGAAUGUGUUUAUCUGUGUGUUAAGUUGUUUCGAAGCGAAUGUAAAUCGACAUAAAUGUUUAAAAGUAAUUGUAUGUGUAAAAAUGGAAUGAGCGCGAGUGGAGUGCAAAGAACGCAUGCGUCAUGCAGAACACUCGACAAGGAUCGCCGCAUACAGUCCUGUUUAACAAGCGGGUUUUUGUGCUUGUGUUUCAGUGUUUUUCCGGUGAAGUAAAAAUCAUCACAUCAUUGAAAAAGAACCCCAUGCAUGCCUGGAAUUUAUUCACCUUGUCCAAUUGUGCAACAUAGACACAUAGAUAAUAUCCCCCCAAAACCCUACGAAGUGCCGCUGAGUCCGUGUCCAUUUUUUGCAUGAGACGGAGCUGAUCAUUUCCUGCCUGUAAACGAAAGUGAAAUUAAGUGUCGGGAUUUUAAAGGCAGAGUCGCCAUUUUAUCAAGAAACAUUUUAUCAAGAUUCUGGAAUAAUGUAAAGAUAUUCUAUGUUUCAAGAGGCCCCAGCAGGAAUCAUCUGGUCUGGAUCAGCAUAGAAAUGGAUGGAUCUGCUUCUGAAAUGUGCCCCCCUGUGGGGUGUAACAGAAAGAGCGCUGAGAGUGUCCUGAUGAAGAGAGCAGACUCCCCUGUACCCAGCUGUGUUUCCCUGAAGAGUGACUGGUCAAUGGACCCCCCACUCAACUUCAGAGAGGAACCUUUUCCUACAGAUCAAAGAGACCAAAUGGAAGAUUGCAGUUCAGAUCUACAUGAUAAAUCGGGUUUAUCAUCCAUAUUGAAGUCACUAGAGGAAAAAGCCAUGAAGUUCCUAAAGGAGGAACUGAAGACAUUUGUGAGGUACCUAGAUCAGAAUUACCCAGAAUGCUCUGAGCCUCAGCUGGAGGAGGACAAUGACCUGGACAGUGAUGGUCAGAUGCAGAAGACCAGUGUUAGAGAGGUAGCUCUGAAGAUAACACUGUACAUCCUGAGGACCAUGAAGCAAGAUGAUCUUGCUGACCUGCUGGACAAGAGACAGCUCAUGCUACAGGAAAUCAAAGCUAAACUUAAGAAGCAAUUUGAGUGUGUAUUUGAAGGGAAAGCUAAGGAAGGACAGCCAACACUUCUCAGUGAGAUUUACACAGAACUCUACAUAACUGAAGGUGGGACUGGAGCAGUGAAUGAUGAACAUGAAGUGAGACAGAUUGAAACAGCAUCCAAGAAAAGGCGAACAGAAGAUACUACAGUCAAGUGCAAUGAUAUAUUUAAACCCUUAUGUGGGCGUGAGACACCUAUCAGAACUGUACUCACUAAAGGGGUGGCAGGUAUCGGGAAAACAGUCUCUGUGCAGAAAUUUAUUCUCGACUGGGCAGAAGGAAAAGCAAACCAGGAUGUUCACUUCAUAUUUGCUCUUCCUUUCCGGGACCUGAAUUUGAUUAAGAGUGAAUACAGUCUGAUUGAACUGCUUCACCACUUUGUCCCAGAACUGAAAUCAUUUCAAUCCACUGACCUGUUUAGCUCCAAAGUCUUGUUCAUCUUUGAUGGUCUGGAUGAGUGUCGCCUUCCUCUGGAUUUUCAGAACAAUGAGAGCUGGUUUGAUGUAACAAAGAAAAUGUCACUGGAUGUGCUGUUGACUAACCUCAUUAAGGGGAAUCUGCUCCCAUCCGCUCUCCUCUGGAUAACCUCCCGGCCAGCAGCAGCCAAUCAGAUACCUGCUAAGUGUGUCCACCAGGUGACAGAGAUACGAGGGUUCAGUGAUGCCCAGAAGGAUGAGUAUUUCAGGAGGAGAUUUAAUGAUGAGAGCCUGGCCAGCAGGAUUAUCACACAUGUGAAAUCAUCAAGGAGCCUCUUCAUCAUGUGCCACAUACCUGUGUUCUGCUGGAUUUCAGCCACUGUGCUUAAGAGGCUUUUUAGUGAGAUUGACAGGGGAGAAAUUCCAAGGACUCUGACUGAAAUGUACACUCACUUCCUGAUCUUUCAGACAAGUUUAAAAAAUGACAAGUAUAUGAAAAACCAAGAAACUAAGCCUAAAGAAUACAGCAAGGAAUUCCUUUUAAAACUUGGUAAACUGGCUUUUGACAACCUGGAGAAAGGAAAUCUUAUAUUUUAUGAGCAAGAUCUGUCAGAGAAUGGCAUUGAUGUCACUGAAACUUCAGUUUACUCUGGAGUGUGCACAGAAGUCUUUAAAGAGGAGUAUGGGUUGUACCAGGAGAAGGUGUACUGCUUUGUGCAUCUGAGCAUCCAGGAGUAUCUCGCUGCUUUAUAUGUGUUUCUGUCAAACUCAUCAGCUGACCUGCUGAAGACUGCAGUGAAUCAGGCAUUAGAGAGCAAGAAUGGACACUUGGACCUCUACCUCCGCUUCCUCCUGGGCCUCUCAACAGACUCCAGUAAGACUCUGUUACAAAGGCUACUGGGGCCGACAAGAAUCAGCUCACAUACCAUUAUGGAAACAGUCCAAUACAUCAAGGAGAAAAUACAGGAGAAUUUAUCUCCAGAAAGGAUCAUCAACCUGUUCCACUGUCUGACUGAGCUGGGUGACAAUUCUCUAGUAGAGGAAGUACAAAGAUACCUGAAUUCAGGAAACAUUUCAGUAGAUGGCCUCUCACCUGCACAAUACUCAGCUCUGGCCUUUGUGAUGCUGAUGUCAGAUGAGGAGCUGGAUGUGUUUGAUCUGAAGAAAUACAUCAGACGAGAUAAAGAGCACUGCAGGCUGCUGCCUGUGGUCAAGAACUCCAGGACGGCUCUGCUGAACAGCUGUGAUCUCAUAGAUAAACACUGUGAAGUGCUGUCUUCAGCUCUAAGAUCAAACUCUUCCCCCCUGAGAGAGCUGGACCUGAGUGAUAAUAACCUGAAAGAUUCAGGAAUGAAGCUGCUCUCUGCUGCACUGGAAGAUUUACACUGUAAACUGGAGAUAUUGAGGGUGGGCCGGUGUGAACUCACAGAGAAAUGCUGUGAGGCACUGGCUUCAGCUCUCAGAUCAAACUCCUCACCCCUGAGAGAGCUGGACCUGAGUAACAAUGACCUGCAGGACUCAGGAGUGAAGCUGCUCUCUGUUGGACUGGAGGACUUACACUGUAAACUGGAGAUACUGAGACUGUCAGGCUGUAGAGUCACAGAAGAAGGCUGUUCUUCCCUGGCUUCAGCUCUGAGGUCAAACCCCUCACACCUGAGAGAGCUGGAUCUGAGCUACAAUCACCCAGGAGACUCAGGAGUGAAGCUGCUCUCUGCUGUACUGGAGGAUCCCAGCUGUAAACUGGAGAAGCUGAAUGUGGAUCACGGUGGAGAGUGCAGGACCAGACCAGGCUUACAGAAAUACUCCUGCCAGCUGACGCUGGACCCCAACACAGCAAACAGACGCCUGUCUCUGUCAGGGGGGAACAGGAAGGUGACAGGGGGGGCAGAGCAGCCAUAUCCUGAUCAUCCAGAGAGAUUUGACAGCUGCCCCCAAGUUCUGUGCAGAGAGAGUCCGACUGGCCGCUGUUACUGGGAGGCUGAGUGGGAUGGAGAUGCUGCCUGCAUAGGAGUGACUUAUAAAGGGAUCAGGAGGAAAGGAGGGAGUUAUGACUGUGGGCUUGGAUACAAUGACAAGUCAUGGAGUCUGCGCUGUAAUACUAUCAGUUACUCUGUCUGGCACAAUAAUAAACAGACUCUCAUACCCAUAGAGCCCUCAGGCUCCCGCAGAGUAGGGGUGUUUCUGGACUGGGGGGCUGGUGCUCUGUCCUUCUACAGAGUCUCCUCUGAUGGACUGACCCCCCUGCACAGAUUCACCUCCUCAUUCACUGAGUCCCUCUAUCCAGGGUUUCGGGUUUUUAACUCCUCAGUGUCACUGUGACGUGUUGCUGGUUCUCCUGCAAAAAGGUAAAAUCUCUGCUUUUUAACCUUUAUAAUCCUUUUUACUCUGAAAUGUACAGAACUGUGCAAAAGUCUUAGGCAGGCAAAGAAAAUGAUGUUUAGAUUAUCCUCCUGUUGGUGUAAAACUAUGAUAUGAUGCCUGUCAAAGUGUGUCAGCUUCGCCAUUUCAGAACCUCUGCUAAAAUCAUCCCAGUAUUUGCAGUGACCGUCCAGUGCAGCCAUGUAUUUUUUGACUUGACCACUAACACACCUCAUACAGCUAGUCAGUCUCUCACUGACUUUUUAAACUGAUAUAUUUAAUUAUUUAAUUGAGCUGUUGGUGAAAUUUAACAAGAUCAUGGAACGACUGAGGUGCCCCUGAGGAGAAGUUUGGGAACUGAAGCGGUGUUCAUCUAGCCAUCCAACUAGAUAUCAGUAACUUUUUAGGAAACAGAAGAAAUUAUUACUAGUUUUUAUUGUGUUACUCUUAAUUUGUUCUAAUGUUAAAUUGUGUAUUUUGUUCUAAGCCAAAGUACACUUGCAACCCAGAUAAACAGCUUUAAACAUUUCUUUGGACUGCCUAAGACUUUUGUGUUUGACAAAAAAUAAAUGACUGUCUUCAGUGAGCUGAAUAACAUGAAAAAUAUAGUUUUUUAUACGUUUUCUCUCUGACUAAAAUGUAAUUAAAUGUAAUCCUGAUUCGGGGGGGCUAUCCCCUUCUCUUGUAUAUGUACAUUUUAUAUAUUUAUGUCCAUUUACUGUAUUCCCUCCCUCUACAAUGACAAUAAAGGC